CGGCCCGUUCAGACCGGACCGCCGCUGCGGAGCUCAGAGGAGCGGAGUCCAGAAGUGUUCCUGUGAGGAGGCAGAAGCUCCGGAAGACACAAAGAUGGAGAUAGAGAGGGAGGUGAAGAAGAUGACCCUCGGACACGAGUUCGGCGCAGGAGCUUCCUGUUUGAAGUGCAAAGACAAGUGUGAAGGCUUCGAGCUGCACUUCUGGAGGAAGAUCUGUCGGAACUGCAAAUGCGGGCUGACGGAGCACGACGUGUCGAUGAACUCCGAGGAGAACAAGAAGGUGGGCAAACUGUUCGAGGACACCAAAUACACCGGCCUCAUCGCCAAGCUGAAGACGGACGGCGUCCCCAGGUACCAGGCCAAGAUGGUGACCAUCUCCCUGCCCAGUGUGUCCUCCAGGGCGUACAGCGUCCCGCCCUCCGCCGCCUCCAUCGUCCCGCCCACUGCUGCCAACAGCGCUCCGCCCCCUGCCGGCUCUCUGGUGCCGCCCCCCGCCGGCUCUCUGGUGCCGCCCCCCGCCGGCUCCUCGGGCUCCGUGCAGCCGGCCGGGGCCCCUACAGCCUCAGCCACCCACGUUGCCUCAGCCUCCAUCACCAUCAGGCCCGGAGCUCCGGUCAAGGCCAACAAAGUGGCGCCAGCGGCGGGAGUGGCUUCAGCAAACGCAGAGCCCGUCCAGAAAGACGUCCCCAUGCAGUCCGUCACCUUGGAGUGGGCCCCCCCGGUGGAGAAGAAGCUGGCGGCGCUCUACAUCCAGCUGCUCCCCCCGGAGAGGCGUCCCGUGGCCGGCACCCAGGGGGCCGCCUACCGGCGCCAGCAGAUGGCCCGCCAGCUGCCGGAGCACGACCAGGACCCGUCCAAGUGCCACGAGUUGAGCCCCGCAGAGGUCAAGAAGAUGCAGCAGUUCGUCCGCAAGUACAAGGAUGAAGCCCUGGGAGUCGGAGACGUCAUGCUGCCCGAGGACAUGGCCCUGGUCCUGGCAGGGAGGCAGGGGGCAGGAGGGCCUGGGGGCGCUAGGGGGGCAGGAGGGCCUUGGGGGGUGCUGUCAGAUUCUAACCCCCCCCGCCGUCCCCCUCAGGCGUGCCAUCACUGCGGGAAGGCCAUGCGGCGCGGCGAGCCGGCCGUGUACGCCGAGCGCGCCGGCUACGACAAGCUGUGGCACCCGGCCUGCUUCGUGUGCUGCAAGUGCGGCGAGCUCCUGGUGGACAUGAUCUACUUCUUCAAGAAGGGGAAGAUGUACUGCGGACGCCACUACGGCGACAGCGAGAAGCCCCGAUGCGGAGGCUGUGACGAGCUGAUCUUCAGUAACGAGUACACCCAGGCCGAGGGCCAGAACUGGCACCUCAAGCACUUCUGCUGCUUCGACUGCGACUGCAUCCUGGCCGGGGAGACCUACGUCAUGGAGGCCGACAAGCCCGUCUGCCAGCCCUGCUACAUGAAGAACCACGCCGUGAAAUGCUCGUCGUGCCAGGCGGCGGUGGAGCCGGAGGCUCAGAGGGUUUCUUACGGCGAGCAUCACUGGCACGCCGCGCCGCAGUGCUUCAAGUGCUCCGGCUGCUCCAAGUGCCUGAUGGGAGAGCGCUUCAUGGCCGUGCAGAGCUUCCUCUUCUGCUCCGUGGAGUGCAAGAAGAAAACCAUGGCUUAAAGCUGCAGACGGCGAGGACAGGAAGUGUGUGUUCAGGAAGUGUGUGUUCUGACUGAACCGUUCCUCCUCGGAUCGCCACGGAUCUCAAACGUGUGAAAACACUGUAAAGCUGCGGCGCUGAUCAGAUCAGACGGGACUCUGGGAGCUUUGCUCGCCGAAGGCCCUCAUUUCAAUGUGCGUGCACUGCCUGUGUGUAAUUUGACACCAGCCUCCUCAGAUUCGCCUGGAGAUGUGAAGCUGAAGCUUUCUCCCUAAAGGAGCUACUGAAGCGAGAGUGUGUUUCCCACUCUGACGCUGAGCGACACUGUUCUGAUGAUCUGUGUGUUUUCGGUCGAUUGACCUUUGACCUCUACUGCUGCACACUGAUCUACUGUGUGUCUCCAUGAUUUUCUCUCUGCAUCUGCAAUAAACGGCACUUUAAAAGCUU